UCUGGCCAUGCCCAUAUUUAGGAACGACAAGUGUGCUUAGGAAUCAGGUGUCAGAUGAGCCGAUGACCCGGAUGUGCAUCCUCUUUACGGUCCGAUAUCCCGGAAGCACUCGGCUUUUGGCUUUCUUUCUACAGCCAUCUUGGAUCUAAACUCCACACAAAAUGCCUGGUGAAGCCACAGAAACUGUCCCAGCUGCAGAGCAAGAACUGCACCAGCCCCAGGCUGAGACUGCUCCAUCUCCCUCUGCCCCUGGGGUAGAGGCUGCUGCACCUUCAGAAGGGGCAGUGGUAACUGAGACGAAAAAACCUAUCACCCCGAAUGCCAAGGUGGCAAGUGAGGCUUCUCAGACAGAUGCGGCAAAGGCUGAAGCCGCUUUGGAUUCAUCAGACUCCAAACAAGGAGUCACAAAAAAGAAAUCUUCAGAGGCUGCUAAACCUGGAAAGGUAAAAGCAAAAGGUUCAGAGCCUAGCUCCAAACCUGCAGCGGCAAAAGGAAAAUCAGAGCAUAGGCCCAAAUCUGGAGAGGUAAAAGUUUCAAAGCCCAGCACCAAGCCUGAAGAAAUUAAAGCUUCAGAGCCUAGUCCUAAACCUGCCGAGGCCAAAGUUUUAGAGCCUAGCCCUAAACCCAUAGAGACGAAAGCUCCCAAGCCCGCAGAGGCGGAAGCUCCCGAGCCCACAGAGGCAAAAGCUCCCGAGCCUAGUCCCAAGCCCGCAGAGGCAAAAGCUUCCGAGCCUAGACCCAAACCCGCAAAGUCGAACGCUUCCAAACCUAGCCCCAAGCCCGCAGAGGCAAAAGCUUCCGAGCCUAGCCCCAAGCCCGCAGAGGCAAAAGCUUCCGAGCCUAGCCCCAAGCCCGCAGAGGCAAAAGCUUCCGAGCCUAGCCCCAAGCCCGCAGAGGCAAAAGCUUCCGAGCCUAGCCCCAAGCCCGCAGAGGCAAAAGCUUCCGAGCCUAGCCCCAAGCCCGCAGAGGCAAAAGCUUCCGAGCCUAGCCCCAAGCCCGCAGAGGCAAAAGCUUCCGAGCCUAGCCCCAAGCCCGCAGAGGCAAAAGCUUCCGAGCCUAGCCCCAAGCCCGCAGAGGCAAAAGCUUCCGAGCCUAGCCCCAAGCCCGCAGAGGCAAAAGCUUCCGAGCCUAGCCCCAAGCCCGCAGAGGCAAAAGCUUCCGAGCCUAGCCCCAAGCCCGCAGAGGCAAAAGCUUCCGAGCCUAGCCCCAAGCCCGCAGAGGCAAAAGCUUCCGAGCCUAGCCCCAAGCCCGCAGAGGCAAAAGCUUCCGAGCCUAGCCCCAAGCCCGUAAAAGCUUCAAAGCCUAGCCCCAAGCCCGCAGAGCCGAAACCUUCAGAGCCUAGCCCCAAGCCCGGAGAGGGGAAACCGUCCGAGCCUAGCCCCAAGCCCGCAGAAGCACAACCGUCCGAGCCUAGCCCCAAGCCCGCAGAGGCGAAACCUUCAAAGCCUUGUCCUAAGCCUGCAGAGCCAAGCCCUAAGCCUGCAAAAGCUUCAAAGCCUAGCCCCAAGCCUGCAGAACCAAAAACUUCCGAGCUUAUCCACAAGCCCAUAGAGCCAAAACCUUCUGAGCCUAGCCCUAAGCCCGCGGAAGCACAACCAUCCAAGCCUAGCCCCAAGCCCGCAGAAGCACAACCAUCCAAGCCUAGCCCCAAGUCCGCAGAACCACAACCAUCCAAGCCUAGCCCCAAGCCCACAGAGACAAAACCUUCCGAUCCUAGUCCCAAACCCGCACAGGUCAAAGCUUCAGAGCCUAGCCCCAAGCCCGCAGCGGCCAAAGCUUCAGAGGCCAGCCCCAAGCCCGCAGCGGCCAAAGCUUCAGAGGCCAGCCCCAAGCCCGCAGCGGCCAAAGCUUCAGAGGCCAGCCCCAAGCCCGCAGCGGCCAAAGCUUCAGAGGCCAGCCCCAAGCCCGCAGCGGCCAAAGCUUCAGAGGCCAGCCCCAAGCCCGCAGCGGCCAAAGCUUCAGAGGCCAGCCCCAAGCCCGCAGCGGCCAAAGCUUCAGAGGCCAGCCCCAAGCCCGCAGCGGCCAAAGCUUCAGAGGCCAGCCCCAAGCCCGCAGCGACUAGCUCCAAGCCCAUAGAGGCAAAAGCUUCAACGACUGUCCACAAACCUGGAGAAAAGAAAGAGAGAGGUGCUAAGCCUAGCCCCAAAUCAAGCACUGCUCCAAUUGUGACUGACAGAACUUCCCAAGGAGCAGCUCCAGAUUCCAUUUCAUCUGCUGCUGCUAUAGCGGCACCUAGUCUUCCCGUUGCUGAUGUUCAGAGCCCAGCAAAUAAAACUGAGGGGAUCUCCCCUCAGCCUGCUGCAGAGCUAGGUGUCCAAAGCCCUGCAAAAGUGCUAACUCCUUCCCUGCCUUUGCCAACCUUGGAGCCUGUUUCUUCUGCCCAGCUUGAUUCUCUUUCCCCACCUCUUGUUCCAAAAACAUCCUCAACCAUAUUACCAUCUGCACCUCUUACUGUGGAAGAGGAGGAACUGCCCCCUCUGAUUCCCCCAGAAGCUCCAGCUCAAGAACCUGCCUUUCAUCCUGUCAUGGUGGAUUUUGGGUCCCCUAAAGUGGUGCCAGCCCCACCAGUCAAGGAGGCUGUGUUGAAGAACGAUGAGGGGUCUGGAACAGAGUCUGAUAGUGAUGACUCUCCACCUGAGCUUGAACAGGACUCCACACAAACCACACAGCAGGCACAGCUUGCAGCUGCUGCAGAAAUAGACGAAGAGCCAGUAAGCAAAGCAAAACAGAGCAGGAGUGAAAAGAAAGCAAGAAAGGCUAUGUCUAAGUUGGGGCUUCGCCAGGUCACCGGAGUAACAAGAGUCACUAUCAGAAAAUCCAAAAACAUUCUUUUUGUCAUCACAAAACCCGAUGUAUACAAGAGCCCGGCAUCUGACACUUACAUUGUCUUUGGAGAAGCUAAGAUUGAAGAUCUUUCCCAACAAGCCCAGUUAGCAGCUGCAGAAAAGUUCAAAGUACAGGGAGAGGCCGUCUCAAAUAUCCAAGAAAAUACACAGACUCCCACAGUACAGGAGGAGAGCGAAGAAGAAGAGGUUGAUGAAACUGGCGUGGAAGUCAAGGACAUUGAGCUUGUUAUGUCACAGGCUAAUGUGUCCAGAGCGAAGGCUGUACGUGCGCUUAAGAAUAACAGUAACGACAUAGUAAAUGCAAUCAUGGAGUUGACGAUGUGAGUGACCAGAAAAUCUCCUUUGGUCUUGCUCAUUGGUCGGUGCGGCUGAAAUUGAGAUUUAUACUAUUUCUAAUGAUUUAAUAAAGUUGUGGCUUAUUGUUGGUGA